AUACACUUUCGCCCAGGACUUAUACUGGUUGACUGCGUAGACGAGGAUGCGGCUAAUUUUAUCCAUGGAACGGCACCUAAGCUGAACGGAUGGGAAGGCGCUGAACUCACCACGUGUGUCGGGGACAAAAUACCGAAAUUACACAUGUUGACAGUCUACCUCCCAAGAGCUAAAGGGGUCGACACGGAAAAGCUGCUAAAACUGCUCAUAACUCAAAAUGAGGGUCUACAUACUCAGAUGUGGAGAGUUUUUAGCAGCAAGGAUCUGAAAAAUGGCAAACUCCUAACAAUCGGGAUUGACAACCGGUCUCAGGAAGCCAUAACAAACAACGGCUGUAGGAUCUUCUACAGAUUCAGUUCCGUCCCAAUUCACCUGCAUAAGGGACGAGACAACAAGGAAAGAAGUAACUCAGCUGGGGAAAAUACACCAGCUGUAGGAACGAUACCUGCAACUGUUGCGGAACUAGUGGAGGAGGAGGCGACCAGGAGCGAGAAGAUUGAAGAUAUCAGCGUGCUACCUCACGAGAGUGAGGACAUUGAGAAUCUAGAUCUCUCUCUACUGAACCUGGCGUCCGAGGAAGACUCCGAAAGAAUCUUUCUGUCAGACAUCGACGACGGUCUGAUAGAAGAAACGAAGGAGGAAUAACCACCUGAUGACCAGCACUAGAAUCGCCCAAAUAAAUAUCCACCAUGCAAAAGCUGCGUCGGCAGUUAUUGCAAGGGCUACGCUCAAAUCGAACCUGAGCAUAGUGCUGGUCCAAGAACCCUGGAUUUACAGGGGUCGAAUCUGUGGUUUGACUGCAAAGAAUAUGCAGACAAUUUGGGAUAAUUUCUCUCCAGGGACCUCGUUGCCAUACAGAUUCCGGCCAACAUCAACGGAGUUCUACGGAACGUAGUCGUAGCUACAGGUUAUCUACCAGGAGACGACACUCAGGUACCAUCUGCAGAGGUCGAUAAACUGGUAAACUACUGCGAGAGAAUGAAAUUGCCUCUUAUACUCGGUUGCGACUCCAACGCACACAACGAAGUUUGGGGAAGCACUAACACCAAUAUAAGAGGUGAGUACCUUUUAGAAUUUAUAACUAGUAAAAAAUUAGAAAUAUGUAAUGUAGGUAAUACACCAACAUUUGUAACUAUCUCACGCAAAGAGGUCCUAGAUAUUACUAUAGGAAAUACUCGAGGUUGUGAGCUUGUGAAAAACUGGAGAGUAUCCAGUGAACCAUCUAUGUCUGAUCAUAGAAUUCUAAGGUUCGACAUUGAAGGUUCACCAAUUAACAAAAAAAUUUUAAGGAACCCAAGAAAAACAAAUUGGGAGAACUACACGGAAAAUCUGAAAGACAAUCUUGUCCAAUUAGGGCUAGAUGAAAUCAUUCAGAAUGAAAUUCAAUUAGAAAAUUACCUAGAAAACCUUAAUGGGGCCAUACUAAAUGCAUAUGAGGAUAGCUGUCCAUUAAGCCUGAUUAACUCCACCAAGGAUGUGCCUUGGUGGAACAAUGACCUUAAAAACCUAAGAAACACUGUUAGAGGACUUUUUAACUACUCAAAGCGAACAGGAGACUGGUCAGAAUAUAGGAAAAAACUUACUUUGUACAAUAGAGAAAUUAGGGCCUCUAAACGCAGAAGCUUUCAAAAAUUCUGCGAAAGCAUAGAAAACACUACGGAGGUAUCAAGACUCUACAAGGUACUUGCAAAAAGCAGCAGCCUCACCUCCACAAAUCUCAAGCGAGAAGAUGGAAGUUUCACCGAAGGUGAAGAAGAGAAGAUACAACUACUUCUGGACGUACACUUCCCAGGAUCCUCUCCAACUCUAGGGACGGAAUCAGAACACACUGAACCCCCUAAAACAGUAAAGAAGGAUGAUUGGAAAUUUGCCAAAAAUAUAAUCACAAUGCCUAAAAUCAGGUGGGCGGUAAAUUCGCUCAAGCCACUGAAAUCUCCAGGUAUUGAUGGUGUCUUUCCGGCAUUACUUCAAAAAGGAAUUGAACAGCUACUAGGUCCAAUAACUAGAAUAGCCAGAGUCAGUAUUGCAUUGGGAUACAUACCAAACAUGUGGAGAAGGGCAAAAGUGGUCUUUAUUCCGAAGGCGGGCAAAAGAGAUCCUACUCACCCGAAAUCCUUCAGACCAAUCUGCCUCACAUCCUUCCUACUUAAAGUAGUAGAAAAAGUUGUGGAUAACUAUAUCAGGAAUACUACACUGAAAGUAACUCCACUAUACAGUCGCCAACAUGCCUAUAGGGCAGGGCAGUCGACAGAAACAGCCCUGCAUCAACUAAGUAACACGAUUCAGGACAGCAUAGAUAAGAAAGAGAUAGCAAUUUGCGCUUUCCUAGACAUUGAAGGAGCCUUUGAUAACACUUCACAUGAGGUUAUAAACUCAACUAUUUCUAAAAGAGGAAUCAAUGGCACACUCUCACGCUGGAUGAGCAAUAUGCUUCGCACCAGGAGAGUAGAAAUUCCGACCAGCAAUGGUAAUAUUUUUGCAAAUACUUCGCGAGGGUGCCCACAAGGUGGAGUAUUAUCACCCCUUAUGUGGAGUAUGGUAGUGGAUGAACUAUUGGUAAAACUGGACAGGAAUGGCUUCCAAAUCCAGGGGUACGCCGAUGAUGUGGUAAUUAUCUGCAGAGGAAAAUAUGAGAGUACUCUGUGCGAAAGAAUCCAGUUAGGCUUAAAACUAACUAAAGAAUGGUGCAAUUCGGUUGGGCUGAAAAUAAAUCCAGCAAAAACAACCAUUGAGCUAUUCACUAAGAAAUACAAAAUAAAAAACCUUAAACCCAUCCGCUUAGAUGGGUUUGAAAUAAAACUACAAAAGGAGGUAAAAUUUUUGGGUAUAAUUUUAGACCAAAAAUUAACAUGGAAAUCUCAUAUCCAAGAAGUGACAAAAAAGGCAACCAAAGCCUUUAUGACAUGUAGAUCCAUCGCAGGUAAGAAUUGGGGAUGUACACCAAAGUCACUGCGAUGGAUAUACACAGCAGUAAUCAGACCAAUGAUCACCUACGGAUCAAUAGUCUGGCAGAACUGCACAAAUCAACAAAGCGUUAUCAACACACUCAACAAGGUACAACGACUUGCAUGUGUAAGCAUAACAGGAGCAAUGAGAACAUGUCCCACGUCAUCAAUUGAAGUACUCCUGGAACUUACUCCUCUUCAUAUCUAUGUGCAAUCACAGGCGAAGAGGGCUGCUCUAAGAGUAAAUACAAAUAAGGUGACUGGUCUUGAAACCAAUAGCAAAAAACUUGAUACUUUGGCUGCACAAAUCCCAGAAAUUGAAAUGCCAAUGGACAGGAUGAUUGUAAAGCAUAACUUUACAAAAAACUUCAAAACUGAACUUGGCAACAAAAAGAACUGGGAGGAUUUAAUUGCAAUUAGUUUGUUAAAUAUAUGCGUUAUUAGCGGUAGUGAAAAAUUUUGCCCUUAUUGGAAACGUGUAAGACGAACGCGGAUUGUUUGGAAGACCGCAAGUCGUGCGAAUGGUAGAACUUGGUAUGGUAGAACAAUAUAUGAAACUUACAGCUACCCUGAUAAUGAGGAUUAUUAUGAUCUGGUACUAGAACGCGACAACUGUUGUAGUGGUUAUAAAAAAGUGUCAAAUGACUGUGAACCAAUUUGUUCAAUAUGUCCAGCUCAUAGUCAUUGUUCCGACCCGUUUAUUUGCAGUUGUGACAUUGGUUUUGAAAUGACAGCUGGUACGAAUUUUAAUCCUAUAUGUCAACCAGUUUGCUCUAAAAUAUGCCAAAAUUAUAGUUCAUGUACUGCACCAGAAACGUGUGAAUGUAACGAUGGUUACGCAUUUAAUACGGAAGACAAAUGCGCACCUAUUUGUACUGAUGGGUGUCCUGAUAACAGUUAUUGCGCAACUCCUGACAAAUGUAUCUGCAAUGAAGGUUAUGAAGUUAACAAUAAUAAAACUAUCUGCCAACCAAUUUGUACAAAGGGUUGCCCCCUUUAUAGUAAUUGUAUUGCACCUAAUAAAUGUGAAUGUUUAGACGGCUAUAACCUAUCAGAAAAUAACUUCUGUGAACCAAUAUGCGAGAUUGCGUGUUUAGAUAACAGCUUUUGUCAAACACCCAAUGAAUGCAAGUGUUUGGAGUCAUAUAAAAUGGAUCCAGUUACCAACAGAUGUGUACCUAUUUGUUAUAAAGAAUGUCCUACUUUUAGUACUUGUGCUGCACCAGAUAUUUGUGAGUGUGAUAAUGGGUAUAGCAUGAAUGAUGAAGAAAAUUUAUGUAUGCCAAAAUGUAUUGAAAAUUGUCCUGUACACAGUAGUUGUGUCAAGCCCAAUGAAUGCAUUUGUGAUAAAGGCUACCAAAUGAGAAAUUCCAGUGAUAUUGUUGUACACUGUGAACCACUUUGUGAGAAAGAUUGUUCAGAGUUUGGUAAAUGCACAGCUCCAAAUGUGUGUGAAUGUUUCACUGGCUUCGAAAUUCAAACCAAUAAUCCAUUGGAGCCUUUGUGUAAACCAAAAUGCAGUAAUAAUUGCACAAACGGUUUUUGCUUUGCACCAGAGACGUGCGUUUGCAAUCCUGGUUAUUUGAUGGGUCCACAUAAGAGUUGUGUACCAGUUUGUUCGCUCAACUGUAUUAACAGUGAGUGUAUUGAGCCCGAGAUUUGUGCUUGCAAACCUGGCUAUGGUUUCGCAAAUAAUUCUUUUAAUGUUUGUAAUGCUCUUUGCGAACCUACUUGCAUAAAUGCGGACUGCGUCGAGCCAAACAUCUGCAUUUGUCAAGAAGGAUAUGAACCAAAUAAGGUAAGCAUCAGUGAAACUGGAAUUAUUAAUGAGUGCUUACCGGUGUGUGAAAACAUCUGUAUAAAUGGUUAUUGUAGUGCACCAAAUACUUGUACCUGCAAUAAUGGUUAUACAGAAUCGUUAUCAGAGAUCAAUAAGUGCAUACCCAUUUGUGAACGCUGCACUUAUGGCACUUGUACUAAACCCAAUGUUUGCAUUUGUGAUGAUGAUGAUGAUGCAAAUUAUAACACCAACGAAGAGGGUAGUCUGGAAAUUUGUCAACCAAACCCAACAACACUGGAAGCAGACUAUAUAGACACUAGUACAAUUGAAACGACUAUUAUAAAUGAUAUGACGAGGGAAAGUACACAAUUUUAUAUUGAAUACACAUGGAGUAUUCAAACUGAAGUUAGUUCAACAAGUGAAAAUAACCAAAUUAUGGAUACAUCCACUGAAAGUCAACAAGUAUUGUCAGAUGAUGACAAAGAUAUAAAUAUUGAAAUCCCAUCAGAAGAAGUCACAAUUUUGCACUUUUCUCAAUGCCAACACAACUGUUUGUGUUGGAAGAAUAAUAAUAACUUAAACGGCACAAAAACAAACUGCAUAAGUGCCUGUGGAAUCAGUGUUACAACAAACUGUGUUGACCCCGAAGACUGCGAGUGCCGUGAUAAUAGUACUGAACUAAUAUGCAUUACUCGUGAUAAUACAAAAUUGGAAGUACAGGAAUAUCGAUACACCUGUACAACGCAAAAAAUUGAAGAAAGUCGGAAACUGAUGUACAUAAUUAUAGGCUCCUCUGCUGUGACUGGACUACUAUUACUAGGAACUAUAGCAACUAUUUACUUGAAACGACAUAAACUCUCUGACUCUCGUAAAGAAGAACUAUUUGUCAAUUUUCAAAGUUAAAGUCAAUAUUGGAUGAAGUUCUCUAUAAGUUAACAACCUCAGUGAUAUUUAAAUUAAAC